AAUCUAACCUAUUGUGUCAAAUCAAAGUCUUGAUCCAUCUUGACUUUUACUCAUCUUCAACAACAGGCAAAAUAAUUUCUCCAGGUUGAUGUAAAAUAUCUUCAAGUAUGAUUAACUUGUCAUUGAAUUAAAAAAGUAUAAAAAAAUAAAAUUUAAAAAAACAAAUACAUGGGAGCAAAAAAAAAAAUAACAAGAACAAUGUCAAAUCGUAAUUCAGGAAAAGGUCCAAUACCAGAACGUUGGUUAAAUUGUCCAAGAAGAGCAGAACGUCUUAUUCACGAUAAAUUUUUAGCCUUCAAAACACCAUUAUCACAAGAUUUCGAUAAUGAAGUAUCUGAAGCAUAUCGUUUUAAUGUUGAUUUUUUAUUUAACAGUGUAAAAGAAAAUAAAUGGAAACUUGGUUUAUGGAUUGACUUGACAAAUACAUCACGUUUUUAUGACAGAAAAGAUGUUGAAUCAUAUGGCUGUCAGUACCUGAAAUUACCAUGUCGUGGACAUGGUGAAACACCAGAUGUACAAACAACACGUGCAUUUAUAGAAAAAUGUAAACAAUUUAUAUCACAACAUCCAUUAGAAAUAAUUGGUGUACAUUGUACACAUGGUUUUAAUAGAACUGGUUUUUUAAUAAUAAGUUAUUUGGUUGAAAAUAAAGAUAAUAGUCUUGAUGCUGCAAUGGCAAAAUUUUCAGCAGCAAGACCACCAGGUAUUUAUAAAAAUGAUUAUAUUAAAGAAUUAUAUAAACGUUAUGAAGAAGGUGAAACACCACCACCACCUCCACCACCAAGACCAGAUUGGUGUUUUGAAUAUGAUAAUAAUGACGAUGAUGAUGAUAAUGGAUUUAAUUCUGGUGGUAGUAAUUCCCCACCAGCAAAACGUCGUAAAACUGAAUUUAGACAUAAAAAUCCAGUAUUUAUGAAAGGUGUUCUUGGUGUAUCAUCAGUAUCAGAUAGGUCAAAAUUAUCACAUGUACAAAAAAGAGUACAAGAUAUAUGUAAAUGGACAAAAUCUGGAUUUCCAGGCUCACAACCAGUAUCAAUGGGACAUAAUAAUAUAAAAUUACUACAGGAUAUACCUUACAGAGUAUCAUGGAAAGCUGAUGGAACAAGAUAUAUGCUGUUGAUACAAGCAAAUGGUGAAUCAUUUUUUAUUGAUCGUGACAAUAGUGUUUUUAAAAUAGAUGUUAUUAAAUUUCCACAUUACAAAGAAACACAUAGGCUACUUUAUGAUACACUUCUUGAUGGGGAAAUGGUAAUUGAUCAUGCUGGUGGUAAAGAAUAUCCUCGUUAUCUUGCUUAUGAUAUAAUUAUGUAUGACAAUAUAGAUGUUUCAAAAUUAGGCUUUUAUCCUGAUCGUUAUAAUAUAAUAAAAUAUAAAGUUAUGGCUGGUCGUCAUAGAGCAAUAAGUGAACGUAAAUUAAUAAGAGAAAAAGAACCAUUUUCAAUACGUUUAAAAGAAUUUUGGCCAGUUAUGCAAGCUGAUCGUUUAUUAAGUGAUAAAUUUUCACAACAAUUAGGACAUGAACCAGAUGGUCUUAUAUUUCAACCAUCAAAAGAACCAUAUUGUCCAGGACAAUCAGAUAAAGUAUUAAAAUGGAAACCAUCAUCAUUAAAUUCAGUUGAUUUUAAACUUAAAAUUGUUAGGGAAAGUGGUCUGGGUAUUGUUCCUAAAAACGUUGGACAAUUAUUUGUUGGUUCACAAACAGUACCAUUUGCACAAAUUAAAAUUAAUAAAACAAUUAAAGAACUUGAUAAUAAAAUUAUUGAAUGUAAAUAUGAAAAUAGAAAAUGGGUAUUUAUACGUGAAAGAACUGAUAAAUCAUUUCCAAAUUCAUAUGAUACAGCAAUGUCUGUUUGGGAAACUAUUAGAGAUCCAAUUACAACUGAAUAUUUACUUUAUUUUAUACGUGAAAAGGAUUUGUUGAUAAUUCUGAUCUUAUGCCACUACCAGCUAAAUUAGAAUCAAAUAGUUCAUCAUCAAAAUAUGUUCAUCAUAAUCAAAGACGAUAUUGUUUAGUUAUUUAAUUAUCUAUUUAAUUUAAAUUUCUUUUAUUUUGUUACAAAAAUAAUUGAUUGUUUUUUCUUCCCCAUUUUGCAUGGUUCAAAUUGACCUAGGUACAAGAAAAAACAAAACGUAUACAAACUGUCAUUUAAAAAACAAAUGUAAUUGAGAUUUAAAUAAAAAAAAAAAGACGUUUACUUUACUAUUAAA